CGGACAAGCUGCAGUGCAGGGUCAGCUAGGGGUAUUUCCGUAGGAGGCUGGGCUCCGCCUCGACCAAGCUCUGAUGUUCGAGCUUCAAACAAUGAAGCUGGUGCGGCAUCGACACGAAGAACUUCGGUUAUGACAUUGACCAUCUCUUUCCUGUGAAGUACCCCAACGAUCAUGUCCUUUGAAUGCCCGACACGAUGAUCCGAUCAUCUUCCUCUCGCUCUGGAUGGAUCAUCCUCGUUUUCUCACUACUCCUACAUGCCGUCUAUGGCAGCAACUCAACUUGCGGUGCGCUCAUCACUUAUAAUCAAUACACGAAGAUCUUCCAAAGCGCCCCAUCAUGUCUUCAACAAGGCUGCGGCGCAGGAAAUCUGACCUCGAUGUCAUCGACCUGUACAUCGAACUCAGUCUGUUAUCCAAUUUGGAACAUUCUUCAUGACGAAUACCAACAGGAUUGGUGCAGCACCUGCCACGAAGAAGAUCGAGCUUGUCGGAUCCCAGGAUGGCCCAUCCUGAACUCGACAGCGGCAUGCGAUAUGUCGCCCGAUACCUGGCUUUUCAAGAAUGAAGGAUGCUGUACGAAUGGAGGGAACGAGAUGGCCAGCUUAGCUGCUUGGAUCCAGACACUGUGCAACGGUACUUGGAGAGAACAGUUCACAUACUAUGAUGGCAUGGCAUUGUUGGACUGGGAGCAGUACAUCUUACCAGACAAUCAUACAGUCGCAUCGACAAACUCAACUCAGGCGCAUUGCACUUCCAACAAAGCGAGAUACUUGGGCAUACUUGGCAUGGAGAAUGUAGUGGUUGUCCUUGUCAUCAUUGCGUACUUUUUCUUGACGCUCUGGUUCUCGAGAGAAGAUGCACGAAAUAAACGAUGGGUACGAGGAGUAAAAGGCAUCCUGAAGCCCUUAAAGUGGGUCACACUACCGUUCAUUUCGGCUUUCAAGUUUGUCUUUCGUAUCAAGGGAUCAAGUGGGAGUACAUGGCCUGUUAUCAAGACUAUUUUGCUCGCAAUCCUCUUCGCUGGCAUCCAACUCUUCUUCAAUUUUGCCAGCGCUUAUGUGGUCAAGAAUGCUCCAGGAUACGAACAUGUCAAUGUCCAUCUUCUGGCUAUGCUUUUCUGUACUCGACCUCGACUCGGCUGGAUAGUCUGCUUCUUGUCCAGCAUUCCUAGCACUUGGGUCGAAAGAUACUUCAACACCCAACAAUCAGAUGUCUUGUCCAAAGGCAUGAUGAGCAUUGCACGAGUCGGUAUUUCUGCGGCAAUGGGAGAAGUCAUCAUGCAAUUAUUGGGAAGUUUUUACAUGGGAAAGACCGUCCACGUAGGGGUGAUUCGAGGGCUCUACAAGCACAAUCAUCUAUAUCCAUAUUGGAAAGGCCACCAGGCUAGGGAUAUGUACAAUGGAGCCAUACUUUGGGCUAUUGCACUUCCAGCAGUUGUAGCUGUCUGGGUUGCCGUCAUUGUGCUUCUAGGAUUGGUUAUGAUAUUCUUCGGAGCCAUAGUCGCAGGAUGGAAAGAGAUCAAAAAGGUUGCGAAGAAGCAGAAAAGUAAAAUCAAGAAGGACAGCUCGUCUCCGGAGGCCAAGUUCUUCAUACCUCAAACACCCACCGUACAUAUCUCCGAGCCACCAGCACACGAUUCCGGACACCAGACAAGACCUUAUGAUCCUGAUCCCAAUCACGCCACGAGCGAACCCUCAAGCGUGUCACUACUAGAAGAUGAUGACGGAGCCACACAUGCGAUCGAGAACGCGGAAGACGUUUACAUCCCACAAUACGCACCAAGAAUGGCGACCGUCCCCAGAUUCAGCCUGUCCUCACCUCUCCAAUCACACCCCAUCAACAACAAUGAGACCAACGCCCUAGAAGACCCAUUUGUCGACCCACACCCGACUCAACCCGUCCAAGAUCUUGCUAGGACAGAUAUUACAGCUCAAAACAACACUCAAACAGACCAAGAACAAGACAUAACCGACCCCUUCCCCCCACAACUCCGCCCCGGCCACCGCGACUCCAUAACCCACCGUCCCUACAGCGACGAAUUCGACACCACCUCCCCCACCACCGGCCUCCCGCACAACCCAUUCGCCAACCCUACUCCCCUUCCCAAGAACCCAUUCUCAGACCCCCAAUCCAUCCGCCGCCGCCACACCCCCCACUUCUCAUCCAACACCGCAUACCAAGGCGUCUCCACCCAAGAUCCCGACCCCGAGGCCGAAAACGAGAAACCGAAACCGCCGCCCUGGGUGCACACCCCUCGAAACUUGGAGGAAUGGAAACCGUUUAUUCUGGUGCUGGGUAUUCUGUUGGGGUUUGUGUCGUAUAUUGCUCAAUGGCUGUUUUGGUCGGGCUUUGUGAAUGCUUCGGAUGAUAGGUUUUGUCCGCCGAAUACGGGGGUUUUGGGCAUGGUUUGGGUUUUGGCUGGGGUUUUGGGAUUUGGGUCUGUGUUUGGCUUUUCGUAUCCAGGGGCGGGUGGUUAAUGACUUCAUGGUGAAUGGACGAGAUGAAAGGUAGGAGAGUGCAAUUUGAUUGUAGUUGUACUUAUCAAACAUCCGACUUCUAAGCUUCCGCAACAGUAUACAAGCGAAAUAGCAAUCUGAGUUUCCUCGCAAGCAAUCUCCAGCUGAGCAAUCUACAUCCACUCACUAAACACAUCAGGCUUCCCCUCAUUAUCGACCAGUCCACCAUUGACCACCAUCUGGUAU